AUGCUUAACUUUGUUCUUUUUUUUUUUUUUUUAGCUGCUACCCAAGCUGCUUGUAAUCCCGAUGAACCUACUUUCUUACAAUCCGUCGAAAAUUACUAUGAUCACGCAGCUAAUCUCAGUGACGUACAGUCACAUACAUUGGCUCAUUUACGUGCUGUUGAUAGUGUCCUACGUGUCACUUUUCCGAUAGAAAUUGAAGACGGAAAAUAUGAAGUUAUUGAAGGUUAUCGCGCCCAACACUCUCGACACCGUUUACCUGUCAAAGGUGGUAUCCGUUUCUCUGAAGAAGUUGACUUGCAAGAAGUUGAAGCACUGGCUUCUCUCAUGACGUACAAGUGUGCUGUUGUAGAUGUACCAUUUGGUGGCGCUAAAGGUGGUAUCAAGAUUGAUCCUUCAAAAUACACAGUCGAGCAACUUGAGAGAAUCACCCGUCGAUACACGAUGGAACUCUGUCAAAAGAAAUUUAUCGGCCCUGGCCUUGAUGUUCCAGCUCCUGACGUUGGUACUGGACCUAGAGAAAUGGCAUGGAUUAUGGAUACAUAUGCUCAAUUCAAUAUAGGCGAUGUCAAUGCUGCUGGUUGUGUUACUGGCAAGCCUCUAUCAUUAGGUGGUGUACGUGGUCGUAAUGAAGCCACCGGUUUAGGUGUUUAUUAUGGUAUCCGUGAAUUCCUUAGUUAUCCCGAAGUGCAAAAGAAGACAGGCGUUAGUGGAAAGAUAGAAGAUGUAUCUGUGGUUAUCCAAGGAUUCGGUAAUGUAGGCUACCAUGCUGCUAAAUUCUUUGAAGAAAAUGGUGCCAAGGUUAUAGGUAUUGGUGAAAGAGACUGUGCUAUAUAUGACCCUAAUGGUUUGAAUAUUGAGAAUCUCUAUAAGCAUCACCGUGCCAACAGAACCUUCCGUGGAUAUGAUUCAUCUGCUCAAAUCAUUGACGAGCCAACCAAGAUCCUCGAAGCUGAAUGUGAUAUCUUGAUCCCUGCUGCCCUCGAACGUCAGAUUGGUUUGCGUAACGUUUCCAAUAUUAAGGCCAAGAUCAUUGGUGAAGCUGCCAAUGGUCCCGUUACACCUUCUGCACACUCCCUCUUGGAAGACAGUGGCAAGGUUAUUAUUCCCGAUUUACUCUUGAACGCGGGUGGUGUCACUGUGUCCUAUUUUGAAUGGCUCAAGAAUUUAUCCCAUGUGCGAUUUGGCCGUAUGAACAAGAAGUGGGAUGAACGUGCACGAUCCAAGGUAGUUGCCCUUGUAGAAGAAAAUGCUGGUAGACCCUUAACAGAAGCCGAAAGAAAGGCCAUUGUACAUGGUGCUGAAGAAGCUGACCUGGUUUACUCUGGCCUUGAAGAUACCAUGAUUCAAGCAUGCCACGAAACAAGACAAACCGCUCAAAUCAAAAAGGUAGACUAUAGAACAGCUGCUUAUAUCAAUGCUAUCCAAAAGAUUGCUACCGUCUAUGAGGGCUCAGGUAUGCUGUUUAUGCAUUAG